AUGUCCCCUCUUGAGAAGAUUAACAAAGUUGUGGGUUCCUCUGCUACUGUCUGCAACAAUACGUCCAAAAAAGUCGAUAAACUAAUUUCUGAUGCCACAAAUUUCAUGAAUAAGUUCCAAAACUCCUUUGAGUCCAACACAGUGAAAGCUAAUGAAGCCAUCUCUAAUCUCGACUCCUCUUUUAAAGUUGAAAGGGAGAAAUUUCAAGAAGUUCGUACUGGCAUUAAAACUAACCAUGACGUGUUCAAAUCCUCUAUCUCCUCACAAAUAUCCAAGCUUCAAGAUGAGCUCGCAAUGGAGAAACCAAUCAUUGAUAACAACAAGGAUGAAGAGCUUGAUGAAGACAAAGUCAAAAGGAUAAAGGCUCGUGAAGCAGAACUGGAUGAACAUCAAAGGAUUGUUCGAGAGGAUAAAGCUAAAGAAAAGGCUGAGAAAGAAGCUCAGGUCACACUUGAAGUUUGA